UUUCACGGAACUUGGCGUACCUCGAAACAGGGGAAGGUCUUAUCUUAUCUAAUCUCAUCUCCGCAAUCUUAUUUAAGCCGCAUCGCAUCUCCAACGACGCCAAUAUCAACACCAUCAAGCAUUCUUCUCAACUAGACAAGGUGGCCCGUUUACUUUUUUGUUAUAUAUGGCGACCGGGUUUUCCUUUUAAUAGAGUAAUGUAGCGACAAUAGAACUCUUCUACCACCUACGCAUCAGAACUUAUGACAUUCCCGUUUUUUGCGAGGACCACGGCGGCCAAAGCCACUCUUCCUCCUCCUUUCUCCUCACCAUCUACAGCAAACAACAGAACAAACAAUAGCAGACCAAAUGCCGAUAAGUCGAGCUUGAGAAAUAACGUUCCCUCCUUUCAAACUACUCCCUCGGCUCCUCCACCAUCUCUAGCCUCGACGCGCGUUGACAAGUCGCGUAACACCAACCCCGCUUUGGAGCCAAAGCCCUACCCCAGCUCUCUCGACACGGUUAACACUCCACACCCAAAUGUCACUGUCGAGCCAGUCAGGACAGCGCAUGUGCCGUCGUUGAUGCGAAUUACAGGCCUCCUACUUCCAGUUCGCUAUCCAAAUUCGUUUUACACGGCCACAAUCACAGAUCCCAUUGUCGCCUCCGUGUCACGGGUUGCCAUUUACCACGACCACCCCGUCGCCGAUGUAACGGCAACUACCUUCUCCACACCUGCCAAGGUACCCUUACUGUCGAGUUCAGAUAAAGUUAUCGGUGGGAUACGAUGUAGAUUAGAACCGCUACCCACAUCCCCUGAUUCGCCUGCUUCACGCCCACUGCGACAGGCGACGAAUUUAUACAUACAAACUCUACACCUACUAUCACCCUAUCGUGGUAGGGGCAUAGCUGCGUCCCUACUAGACUCCUUGCUAUAUGAUCCAGGAGCCCCUCCAGGAACGCCAAUGCGGCCGGUAUCCACCAUUGUUAGGCAUUACAAUAUCCGGACAGUUACGGCGCAUGUCCACGAGACUAACGAGGAAGCGCUGCUCUGGUACGUUGCACGGGGAUUUACGGUCCAAGAACGUGUGGUUGAAGGGUAUUACAGGCGGUUGAAACCUGGUGGCGCGAAGAUAGUCAAUCUCAAGCUGGAAUGGGACGAAGAUGAUGAGUGCACUAAGUCUAAGCCACUUGACGACGUCGAGAGCAGUGACAAUGAAGGCGACGAUGACUGGGAGAAGGUUGAGCUGGAGGAAGACACUGCUGCUGCCACAGAGAAACUGGAGGACUAUGACACCAUCGACAUGCAAGAGUGUGUUAGGAAACGAGCGAAAAACUCCUGAACGGUUGGCGAAUGACGUAGAAUUUAAUUAUGCCUGGAGUUCGGCGAAAGAUGUUUACUUUACGCACGCACAGCCCAAUACCGUUUUCUGAUCCUCUGGGGAGAUCUCUUGCAUGGGGGUUUACCGCACAUUAUUCCUCCUGCACAAGCUCAACUCAACUACCCCUUAAGGAGCCACGAAAGACCGCGUCUGCGUAAUGGUAUCGACCAUGUACCUUUCAUCAUCCGCGCACAACCGCGUCCAAUGCAGGUGAACCAGCUAUGCAUCUCCAAACGCGUAACCGCCUCGCACACUCCAUUCAUUCUUAAUGAGGGUAUUAUGCCGAAUCGUACCUCGCCCUCCCCAACUAUAUAUACCUACAAUCUCAUGGCAUCUCAUUAAAUAUAUAUAUAUAUAUAUUCCCCCCUCAUCUCCCGACCCGCGGAAAUUUGCUGAGAAAACGAGAACUGCCAUCUACAUCUCGUCUACGAGGUGAAGGAUUCCGCGUUUCCCUCAACAUUAUAACUUCUGUCGCUAUUUCUCUUACGGACAAAAAAUCCUGUUGAAGAUCCAGCGUAGAAAUCAAUAUCCAACUCCGAGAACAAGUGAGUGUGUGUGUGUGAAGGGGGGGCCGGCGAAUUGCCUAUACCACUCUAAGGAUUAUAGGAUAGAAAAACCGCAGCACUAUCUAAACGAUUCAGAAGUUGGAUGUACAGUACCUAAUUUCUAAUACAUAUAUUUUCUAUGAGAAUCUGUCUCUUUCCAUAAGAAGUUUUAUGUGCAGAAUACAUGCUUAAAAGACGUGCGGGCGGCUCUAUGUGUAAACUAAUAGACUUAGUUUUGUAGAAUCUUAAUAUGUUGGAGAAAGGUAUCAUUGUAGUACCUAAUACGCAGGUUAUACAUGUUAUUAGCUAAGUAGAAAGCGGCCGAAAUUUGGAUAUAUAUAUAUAUUGUAAGAAUGCAGCUUUCACUAUGCAGCCUUCAAAAUGUGGAGAAAUGGAGGAAGAAGGAAAACGGGAGAGGAGAAAAUAAAUAUAUAUAUA